GUUCGGAUACUCACUGAGUUUAGAAGAACUUUCGCAGUUGUUUAAAAGGUUUAGAAGAUGAGCAACAGAUCUACAGGGCUAAAAAGUUCUGACAUCUCUGUAAGGUUAUGUCCACCAGACCGAUUGCAACAGAAACCGGAAGUGUCGUCACUUCAGUUCCAGUUUGGAAAGUUCUUCACAGACCACAUGCUGAAGAUCGAGUACCACAAGAGUGCUGGCGGUUGGCAGCAACCUUGCAUCACACCUCUCGAGGACCUCUCACUACAUCCUGCAGCUAAAGUACUGCAUUACGCUGUCGAGUUAUUUGAAGGCUUUAAGGCAUAUCGAGGAGUAGAUGGCCAGAUAAGAAUAUUCCGCCCAGAGCUGAACAUGAAGAGGAUGAACCUGACGGCUCUGCGGGCCGGACUGCCACAGUUCGAUGGUGAAGAGCUGAUCCGAUGCAUCUGUCGACUCAUCAACAUAGACCAGGAGUGGGUCCCUUACUCUGAAGCUGCUAGUAUUUACAUUCGACCAGCACUCAUUGGAACUGAGCCGACUCUGGGUGUUGCUAUGUCUGAGUCUGCACUGCUCUACACCAUCCUGUCUCCUGUCGGUUCAUACUUCAGUGGGCCUAGUUUGAAGCCUAUCUCUCUGCUGGCAGACCCUAGCUUCGUGAGGGCGUGGCCAGGCGGUUAUGGAGACAAAAAGCUCGGCUCCAACUAUGGACCUACCCUCUACAUACAGAAAAUGGCUGAAUCCAAAGGAUACAAUCAAGUUCUCUGGCUGUAUGGGGAGGAUCAUCAGAUCACAGAAGUUGGCUUGAUGAAUCUUUUUAUUCUUCAUCUAGCUGAUAAUGGAGAGAAGGUCCUGGUCACUCCAGAGCUGAAUGGUCUGAUACUCCCAGGUAUCACGAGGCAGAGUGUCCUGGACCUGGCUAGAGAGUGGGGGGAUGUAAGGGUGGAGGAACGAGUCAUCACCAUGAGUGAACUGAUCAACUGGCACAACUCUCAACAACUGUUAGAAGUAUUUGGUGCAGGCACAGCAUGUGUAGUUUGCCCUGUAGGACUCAUUCAAUACCAGAACAACACCAUUCACCUCCCCACGGCUGAGCAAAAGGAUCCUUUUUUCCAACGAUGUUUACGAACCAUCCUGGACAUUCAGUACGGACGCAUCCCACACGAAUGGGCUAAGCCUAUUGAUCAGUACUGAUACACACUUUAUAUACUAAAAUUAUAAGAGUUGUAUGUAUACAUAUCAUUGAAUAAUUAUUGGGCUAGUGUAACUUGGAUAACAAGAAACAAUUUGUUUAAUAAUCUAAGUUAGGUAAUGAGGUUCUAGCCUGGAACUGUUGUACACAUUACUUCAGGCUAUAGUUCUUAGUUCUAGAUGGUUGCGGCAUUAUCACAUGGAUAAAAUCCAUUGGCGAUUGGCAGGACCUUGGGCUCCGAAGCCCCGCGCCAUACCACUAGAACAGCUCGCUUCCCGAUUAGCCUAACAAUAGUACAAGUAGGUAAUCUGUUGAAGAGUUAAGUUGGUUAAUGAGUUUUGUAUUGAUACUUAAAAUAAUCAUGAAACCCAUGUCAAAUGAAUUUAAUUUGUAGAAGAAAAUUAAUUUAUUUUAAGAUGUUUCGUGAAAUCAGAUGAACAGCUAUUAGUGUAAGACUUAAGUAAUUUUUUCAUGCUGAAUGGCAUGCAAUUUAACAUCAGCGCAUAGGAGUAGUUUCCUGGCUGAGGGUUUUAUUAAAUAUUCACACAUUUUUACAGUAGAAAAAAUUAUAAAGGGAACAAACUAUUUACAGUGGAACCUUGAUAAGAAGACCCUCAAUAACAAGUCGCUCUUGAUGACAAGUGUCAUUUUCAAAUCCUCUUAAAAUUAUUUUACCCCUAAUUACAAACCUAAAACCUCGAUAAGAAGUCAACCUUGAUAACAGGUCUUAUUUUACAAUCCCCAUGAGAGUCUUGUUAUUAAGGUUCUAUUAAUGUAGUAAAAGAAAAGCUGCCCGAGUGAAAAUGUGGUUCCAUCUUAAAUCAAAAAGUAUGUGAAAUGAAUACUGACUCGGAUAUAACAAAAUCAUGUAGUCCAAUACAUAUUGAGUUUAUAUUUAUUUUUUGUAAGAUACAAUUUUCUGAUAAGAAUACACAUUAAUUGAAAAAGGUGAAAGUAUUAUGUAUAGUUUUAAUUUAACCUUUAACUUGUUUGUCUAAUGAUUCGUAAAUUUGUAAAUAAAA